AUGGCAUCCGAUAUGAGUCCUUCGUCCUUGGCUUGGGUUAAGCUGUUCAUAAACACGAGAAUGUUUGUCACACGACAGCGGUUUGGGAGAAAUCCGUGUUGGGCUGGAGAUAUCAGAUUGCUGGAAGUAAGCAUUUCGGCAGUAGGAUACUUCGGAAUAUCGUAUGAUUCAAGCAGUCAGACGCGAUUACACAGACCUGAACGUUUACCAGAACCCAUGUCUCUAAAAAAUUUGGGAGGUGGUCCGCGUAUGGUAGAAGAGAAUCUCCUGGAUACCGAUCUCAAGGAGGAUUUCAUGAAGAAUAAGACAAAAACUUCGGGUGGUAAAACUCAGCCAAUCCGUCGGUGGCCCAGGUCAGCGAAUGGCCGCAGCAGGCGCGGACGAAAUCAGAUGAGAAAGUCGAACAACGCGCCCACGCUUGCAUUGAAUGAAAUCGUGGGGAAUCGCAUCCUUGUAGUUUUGUCUAUUCAACCGAAAACGUUUGCGCAGUUGACGAAACACGCAAUGGAAGCGUGCGUCUACUAA